CUCGGUGUCAAGGUGGUCAAGUCAAAAGUCAAGUCAAGUCAAUAUUCUUUGCUGGUGUGGUGAGCAAUUUAAGAAUGCAAUCGCAGUCUUCGGAAAUAACAAAUAACAUUUGAUUUGUAAUGACAAUGUACUUAAAAUGCAGUAUAAGAAUUGUUUUAUUUUCCUAUCGUUUUAAUGAAUAAUAUGAUAUAAUGCGGGUUUAUUUAUAUAAAUCCUUGGUUAUUUCAUUUUGUUACCAAGCUUUUAUGACAAAAGUAAAAUGUUUGUUUAUAAUAUUGGGCCUGUUUAAAGAUCUUUAUCUUGAUAAUUUUUAAUCCUAUUUGAAAAAAAUGAGUGAUAAAAUGUCCAAAGCUACUGGGACCUCUGUUCCUAAUAAAAUGAGACUUUAUGCUACAUGGGUUGACAGAACACCUACAAAUUGUAUUCCAAGGCUUUGUUCCCUCACUUUAACAAGAAUAAUCAUUUUAAGACCACUUGGAUCUGAUUUGGCUGCUGUUUCAAUUGCUGUAAAGAUGCAGUCAACGAAAAGAAUACUUCGAUCCAAUGAAUUAGUAUUAACUCAAAGUGGAGUUCUAGAUGCACAACUAGAUGUGACAUUUUGUCUUCAAUAUCCGCAUUUUUUAAAAAGAGAGGGUAAUAAAUUACAUAUCUUGUUACAAAGACGUAAGAGGUAUAAAAAUAGAACAAUGUUGGGGUUUAAGACGCUGGCAGAAGGUAUUAUUAGAAUGGAUCAAGUACUGCAAAAGCAAAUGGAUUUUGAACUUGAACUUUUACCAGAAAACAAUAAUAAGGAUAAGAACGUUUCACCUAUUGCUAGACUUUCAGUAUUACAGCUUAGCUCUACUCCAGUUGAUCAUGAACAUAAGAUUCGUGAACACGAUUUUAGUGAAGAUGAGGAUGAGAUAAGUUCAGGCGAAGAAGAAGGUGUCGACCUUUCCGAUAGUGAACCUAUUAGAAAGCUUCCACAUACUCGACAUAACCUAAAACAAAGAUUUGUGUCAUUGCUCAGAAGAUUCAGGGUUCCUGAUAAUGAAGGGGGAAGAGUACGAGAUUGUUUAGACAAUCCAAGUGAUAUUCAAGCUUUAUUUCAAGAGUUAGAAUCACUUAGUUGUGACGACGAUUCUGGAGAACCUGAUACUAUAUCUAUAACAAGUACUCCUAAACCGAGUUUACGUCCAUUUUUUAGUAGUAGUCGAAGUCUUCUAGAUAAUAAUUCUUUACAUUUUACGGAAUCCGACAAAGCUGAAGACAAUUCUUUUUCAGACAUGGAAUCUAUCAAACAACUUUCUCAGCUUGGCCGUCACUAUGGAACCGAUUUCGACAGGGAAUAAGAUCACAAUCUCUUAAUUGCCCAACAUGGAAUAAAUAAGAAAUAGGCUGCUCCAGCUGUCAAUAUAAAAUAUAUUAUUAAUGCGAGUGGUAAUAUGUAGUUGAAGGCAACGAAAUUUAUCAAUUCAAAAUCGUUCUUGUACAUUUACAUAUAUAAAACUAACUGGUUGUGUAUUUUUAAAGGAGAUUAUGAAAGAAAUUACGGAAGUCGGUAGAAUAAAAUAAAAAAUAACUACCAUAAUUAAAAUUAUAAACAUCAAACGUUGAUAUUUAUUGCCUAAUUGUAAAAUCAGAUAGUAAACAUAUUCGAAAAAUUUACAUUUAUUCUUACGCGAUAAUUAUCUUCCAUUGGAAUUUAAAAGAUCAUAAUAUUAGUAAAAAUUAG